AAUGACAGAGUAAACCGCUUCAGUCAAUGACUCAUUGAUCUUGUAUCCUGACCAAGUCGAUGACCGGUACGAGAAAAAUAACACUACCCAUCUCACUUCACCUUCUUCUCUGUAGAAUCGGCAGUCUCUACUUGCUACUCGCCUGAACCACCACCACCACCACCACCACCACAACGACGACACAGACACCAUGAACUUGGACAAUUUCCACAAAACCUUCGCGGACCUUCAAACCCGCUGCACCACCUUCGUCCACAACCUCACCCUUCUUCGUCCAAACCCUCCUCCUCCUCCCUUCCGGACAAACCUACCUUGGGCCCGGAUAUCCCAAAACACCUCCGCCACCACCACCGGGCCCGUUCCGGCAGCUAAGUCUUCAAUUGAGCAGUGCCUCGAGGGCGUACCCGUUUACGCCCUCAGCAACGCCGCCGAGGAGUUUCUGUUGGUCUCCGGUUCUUCCACCGGCAAGAAUCUCGGCCUCUUCUGCUUCAACAAAGACGACGCCGAAGCGCUCCUCCACCAGGUUACUGAAAUUGACCCUCACAUUCGUCAGGGUUCCAAAGUCGUCCCUGUUGCUCUCAACAAGGUGUUUCAGCUGAAGGUGGAUGGUGUGGCCUUCAGGUUGAUACCUGAGUUCUCUCAAGUGGUGAAUGCACUGCAAGAGAUGGAAAAAUCUGGCCUUCCUUCUAGUGACUUCUCUGGUGUUCCAGUUUUCGAGUCCAGAAGUCUGAUGUUGAAGAGCCAGAAUAAGAGAUACCGUCCACUUUUCUUCAGAAAGGAGGACUUAGAAAAUUCACUUCAACGAGCCGCCCGUGAGCAAAAUAAAUUGAAUCCUGCUAUCAGACAAGGGGACAUACAGGUUACUGCUCUAGAGGAUUUAAUAAAGGAAAUGAAGGAAAAAUCAACAUCGAAAUGGAACGAUGUUGUUUUUAUACCUCCUGGAUUUGAUGUUUCAACUGACUCCAACCAGCAAUAGUUCAGGAAUAUGUAAAUGAAAUUGAUCACUCAUUUCACUUUUAUACACCUGGUAUUAGCUUAACCCAUGACACAGACUUCUGACUGCAAACUCUUAAAUACCGAUGGCAAUAUGAAAUGUUAUUGAAGAGAACUGCUGAAUUUUCAUUUUCUGCUUUGAUUUUCAUUAUCAAGUAGGUUAGAAUGGACUUCAUAGUCUGUUUUUGGAUAAUUGUUGAGUGUAACGGGAACGGACUUUCAUCCCGAUCCAUAUGAAUUGCGUUCAUUUUUUGUCUUGACGUGCAUGUCCUAACAUUCAUUUCUA